AUGAGCGACGGCGGAGCCGCUGCAGCCGCUGCCUCCGCCUGGCGCCUCUGCGCCCUCCUGGCCGCCGCCUUGCUGGGUGCCCGGCCCGAGCCCACCUGCCAGCGCGUCCGCUCAGCCUUCCAGGCGCUGCAACCCGGCGCCCGCGGGGUGCUCGACAGCCCCGGGCCAGGGUCAGAUUUGCAAAUAUGCAUCCCCAAAGCUCUCACCUGCUGCUCCCGCAAGAUGGAGGAGAGAUACCAAGGCUUGGCUCGUUCCAACAUGGAGCAGAUUCUCCAGACGGCCAGCAUGGAUUUGAAAUUCCUCAUCAUGCAGAAUGCGGCCCUUUUCCAAGAAGCCUUUGAAAUGGUCGUGCGCCACGCCAGGAACCACACCAACUCCAUGUUCAGGAACUACUUUCGCCACGUGGCUGCCAGGACUUCUAAACUAGUGGGGGAAUUCUUCACCGACAUCUCCCUCUACAUCUUGGGCUCCGAUAUCAACGUCAACGACAUGGUCAACGAGUUCUUUGACAGCCUGUUCCCCUUGAUCUACCCCCACCUGAUCCAUCCAGGGGCCCCCGACCCUCCUGUGGAGACCCUGGAGUGUCUACGGCUAGCCCGGCGAGACUUGAAGGCGUUUGGCCCCUUCCCCAAAAUCAUGAUGACCCAGGUGUCCAAGUCCCUGCAGGUCACCCGGCUCUUCCUCCAGGCGCUCAACCUCGGCAUCGAAGUGGUCAACACCACCGAUCACUUGAGGUUCAGCAAGGAGUGUGGACGGGCGCUCCUGAAGAUGUGGUAUUGCCCCCAGUGCCAGGAUCUGCUCCUGGCCAAGCCGUGUGCGGGAUUCUGCGGCGGGGUGUUGCAAGGGUGCUUGGCCAGCGUGGUGGAAAUCGACGGUCACUGGCGGGAAUAUCUCCGCUCUCUGGAAGGCAUGGUGAAGGGCAUGAAGGGCACUUACGACGUAGAACACGUGCUCCUCAACCUCUUCUCUUUGGUUCAGGACGCCAUCGGUUACAUGCAGAAGAACGCUGGGAAGUUGGUCACAACUAUCAGCAAGCUGUGUGGCCCUUCCCAGCAGAGGCAACACCGAUCAGCCUGGAAUCCCGAAGACCAUGUUGCUGACCAGAGGAUGAUGGGUGCCACUCUGGUGGAACCCCAAGAAACCUUAUCCGGUCGAAAGAGGGAACUUGUCACCAAGCUGCGGGCCCACAGUGGCUUCUACAGCAGCUUGCCAGAAUAUAUCUGCAGCCACAGUUCCACAGUGCACAACAAUACCUUCUGCUGGAACGGACACGAAGUGGUGGAAAGAUACACCCACCCACCCACGAGGAACGGAGGCCGAUCUCAGUCGGGACAGCAUGAAGCGAAGGCCAGGGGUCCUGAACCAGUCAUUAGCCAGAUCAUUGACAAGCUGAAACAUAUAAACCAGCUGCUCAAAGGGACAUCUGCCUCUCGCCGGAAAAAUCUGGACCGUCUUGAAGAUGAGGAGGGGGCCGAAAGUGGGGAUUGCGAUGAUGAAGAUGCCUGCAAUGAAGCUGCGGCUUCUGGAGACGGCGAAUUGAAAGUGAAGAACCAAUUAAGGUUUUUGGCAGGUGAUCACUUGAAAGUUUGCCCUCAAGGCUACACCUGCUGUUCCCAGGCCAUGGAGGAGAAGUACUGGCAGCAGAGCAGGCAAGAUUUCAGCCAUGCCGUUGUCGAGCUGAGCAACAAUUUGCAAGGCACCUUCGGUUCGCGAUACAAGAAGUUUGAUGAAUUUUUCAGAGAGCUCCUGGACAACGCCGAGAAAUCCUUGAACGACAUGUUUGUACGGACUUAUGGCCUCCUGUACACGCAGAACGCGGAGAUGUUUAAGGACCUCUUUGUGGACCUGAAGCGAUAUUACGCGGGUGGCCGGGUCAACCUGGAAGAGAUGCUGAAUGACUUUUGGGCCCGUCUCCUCGAGCGCAUGUUCCGUCUGGUCAACCCCCAGUAUCACUUUUCGGACGAGUACCUGGAGUGCGUCAGCAAAUACACCGAGCAGCUGAAACCCUUUGGAGACGUCCCACGAAAGCUGAAGCUGCAAGUGACACGGGCUUUCGUGGCAGCUCGCACCUUUGCCCAAGGCCUCGCUGUGGCCAAGGACGUGGUGGCCAAAGUCUCUGCGGUCAACCCCACGCCCCAAGGGGUUCGCGCCCUGACCAAGAUGAUGUACUGCCCGUUCUGCCGUGGCUUCGUGGCCAUCAAGCCCUGUUACAACUACUGUUUCAACGUCAUGCGCGGAUGCCUGGCCAACCAGGGGGAGCUGGAGACGGAGUGGAACAACUUCAUAGAUUCGAUGCUGCAGUUGGCCGAGAGGUUGGAAGGUCCCUUCAACAUCGAGUCUGUCAUGGACCCCAUCGAUGUGAAAAUUUCAGAUGCCAUCAUGAAUAUGCAAGAAAACAGCUUACAGGUGUCUCAAAAGGUUUUUCAAGGAUGUGGGCAACCCAAGAUGCUGGCACAAACCCGAGCAUCUCGCUCAGCAUCUGACAGCAGCUUCAGUGCCCGCUUUAGGCCUUAUAACCCAGAGGAACGUCCCACAACAGCUGCAGGAACGAGUUUGGAUCGGCUGGUGACCGACGUGAAGGAGAAGUUGAAGCAAGCGAAGAAAUUCUGGUCUUCCCUUCCCACCAACCUCUGCAGCAACGAGAAGAUGGCCGCCGGCAACGUUCACGAAGAAGAAUGCUGGAACGGAAAGAACAAGAGCAGGUACCUCUUCGCCGUGAUGCCGAAUGGCUUCGCCAACCAGGCAAACAACCCCGAGGUGGAAGUCGACACUUCAAAGCCGGACAUCGUGAUCCGUCAGCAAAUCAUGUCCCUCCGUGUGAUGACCAGCAAGCUGAAGAACGCUUACAACGGCAACGACGUGGACUUCAUAGAUAUAAACGACGAAAGCAGCGGAGAAGGCAGCGGAAGCGGGUGCGAAUUGCACCAGUGUUCCCCUGAACUGGUGCUGAACGCCACCGAAGUCACACAGAACGUCAACAAAAUAGAUCAAAAAGUGAUUGAUUUGGCCGGCAAUUUCGGCCCAUCGGAAGCCGUUCUUCUCUUAAGCCUCUUUUUCUUCCUCGUGGGUCAAAGACAAUGGAGAUAACUAGGCCUGUGCUCCUCCUUUUAUUAUUAUUAUUAUUUUUUUAAAACCGUCAGAGAGAGAGGGAAAAAAAUGGACUUUUUUUUUUUAAAAAAGAAAGAAAAUAUGCCGAGGGGCCGGAUUUCACGUUUAUACCACCAAGAGACAUUUUGGGGAAGGUUUCGGAAGGCUCUUUUGUAAGUUAAACAGAAAAAAAACCCAUGUACAGUUUUUUUUUUAAAAAAAACUCUUGUUGCCACUGGUUUUAAAUCUUUUUUUUCCCCCUGCCCUCUUUUCACUUUUUGGAAAGGCGGUGGGGAGUGGGUUGAAAUCACAAAACCAUUUGGGCCACUUAAUUUGAUCUGUUGACUGAGAAGCCACAAUAAAUGUGGGACAUCGAGUGUGUAUAUACAGGCCUGUCAUUA